UUCCAUGGAUACCAUGAGCCACAAACUUGCCUGCAGUAAAUUUUCGGAAAAAUGGCGAAAGGGAACGACUACCAUAAGUACGAUUUGGCCCGGCUGCAAGUAGAAAUCGAAGAAGAAAGAGAGCUAAAAGAGAUGCUCGUAGGAUCUGUGUGCGACUUGCGAUGUACUGUGGCAGAACUGCAAGAAAGAUUACGUAGUGUUGAUGGGGAAGGUUUCCUGAGCAGUAUGCUGCACAGACAUGGACACCAGAUUGCCAUCCACUACAAGGAGGACAAGACACCAAAGAUCAUUUCUAAAAAAAGUAAUGAAUGGAAGACGAGGUUUGAGACACAAGUAGAACUAAAUGGACAGCUAGAGAGACAGAUUUCACACAUUCAGCAGAGGCUGGAGAUCAUCAAAGGAAACCCCGUUGAUCGAUUGGCUUUUAUCCGAUUAUACGAAGACAUGGGACUUGAAAUGCUUAAAGAACACCUAACAAUUCUGACUGAGAAGAAAACUGACCUCCAUAAUCAGCUGAAGAACUGCCAUCUUCAAAUGGAACAGGAGGAAAAGGCAUUUCAUAAAACCAAUGAUGAAAGGCGGGCAUAUCUUACAGAAAUAGCUAUGUUAUCUUCUGUCCGUGAGCCGCAGAGACGGCAGUACGCCAACCAGCGACAGAGGGCACCAGAGAGCAAACAGAUCAGAGGAAAAGAUAUCCAUAGGAAAGCACAAGCUGGUUCUAACAAAGGAACGGAGGAGGGAUUAACAGAACGUCUGAAUGAAGGCGGUGGAGGAGGAGGUGGUGAUUCAACAACAGAGAGAGGAAUGAAGAAGAAAUCCCAAAGGGAAAGCAGGUUACCAACCCUGAAGCAUCAGGGAAAACAUAAACCUUAACCAAAAUCUGUUCCCAGGGAUAUUUGCAGGGUUCUUUUAUUCGGGGUAAUUAUCCUUGUGCAUUUCUGUCAGCUUUUUGUUUAGGCUUUUAUUUAUUUUUUUUAAAAGUCUGAUUAUAUAAUGAUUUCAAUACUUUUUCAAAUGUACUUAUAUAGAACUAUGAACCAUCAGAAAUCAGAUAUUUUUGCACGCAAGAAAAUAUAUAGGCAGAUAUUUCACUCUUUUACCAAGACAUUUGCAAAAGUCUUUCAUUGUGACUUAAGAAUGACUUUAUUCUGCUACUUUAGAACUCAGUAAUCUUGAGCACAAACUGCUUCCAGCCAGUUAGUAGUUGGUAGGUAUCUGUUGUUUUGGAACCAUCUGUUCCUGAAAACGAGUUUUGCAACGUGGGUCAUUCACAUCAAGGACUACGACUGUCAUGAAGAGCCCAAAACUUAACUUUUACUUCAAUUUAUUCUAAUUUAUACACCUGUGCUGUAGAGGAAACCCUGUUCACUUAACACGAUUAGUGUUUGUUUUGUUGCCAGCUUGGUUCUAAAUCCAGGAAGCAGGAUGUCUGUAGAGAACUUUCAGGAUAGAAAAAACUACAGUGAAAGCCAUCUUCUAUUCAAGACAACAAAAGAGCUGAUGCAACCAGAACAAAAACAAGUUUGUUCAGAGAAAAUAAACACCUUUUUUUGAUGUAAAGUUAGGCUCCACGUAUUAGUUUAAUCUAUUGUGAUUCUGGUGCUGGAAGUUAAUGGAAUAAACUUUAAUUAAUUAAAAGGAUUUCUCCUUUUAAUUUUUCUUUUUUUUUCUCUCAACAUUUUCCUUCAGUCAAGUGAGACAAAAAUAAAUCUGCUUUUUAGUUUCAUAGACUUUUGAUAUAGUUAGAUCUCCAUUCAGCUAAUAAUACUUUGACCUUUCAUUCUCAGGACCCUUUGAAAUGUUUAAGUAGUUCCAUGUUUGUCUGUUUUUUUAUUUGCUUUUACUUAAUUGAUUAAAAAUAUUCUAAUAUU